UGGCAUCGUCAAAACAGCCCCGAGCUCUUUAGCAGUGAAUCGAACACACUAAGAACCCGAAGAAAGGCAAUUUUCGACGGUAAUUGAACACAACGCUAAGACACCGUCUAGAGCAUCUUGGACGAACAUCCUAAGUCACUAGAGGGAAUAUUUUGAGGGUAAAGGCCUGAAAUCUUGCUUUCCCGCCUUUUUUAAUUACUCAGGAAGAAUUUACUACGAGGGAAGUGAGAAGCGUGGAAUUAUUUCGCGGCAGUAGACGCGUGGCCAGUGAAUCGUGAACAGUGAGAAUCAUGCCAUCACCAAAAAGUUCAAGGUCUGCGCCCACUCACUCCGUUGACCAAAAGCUGCUACGAGCCAAAGAUGUUGUCAUCCAUCGAAGCACAGAGAAAGGCAACAGUUGUCAGUGUUGCGGGAAGCGACUUGUGGCACUCCCGCUUCUUGGCUUUACAAUUCUUUCCAUUGGAUGUCUUCUUGGAAUCGGUUAUUUUAGCAUCCACGGAGUAACAUCCUCUGCGUACCAUACAGAAGGGCUGAUACCAUCCUAUGUUACAGGCGCAUUGGUACGUUCAUUGUUUUUAUUUCUUUUAAGAACAUAAAUCUCUUUGCCACAAGACUAGAUCUUCGUAACAAUGGUAUUAACAGAAAUUAUGUAACAGUAAGGCUUACCACCGCAAUUUGUUCUUCGAGUUUAUUUAUGCACUCUGUAGUAAAAUAUGGUAAUUCGAACAUCCAACUGCCGUUCAGUUCGUUACAACUCUUGUUUGAAGUGUUCCCCUAAAUUCCCAAGUCACGAAUUAACACCGUAGGCAGUUGGAUAUUUAUUAUACGGCAGUGUUAACCGUCUGAUAGCAAUAUAUUUAAUUCAAAAGCAGUACAUAAAUCAGCUCACAUUGAAAACAACGCUCGACUUUAAUGUGACAGUUAUCAACACUCCUUGUGUUUGGAAAAACGGAGUUUCAAAUCUACCUGGCGUUUUUGCUACACUUGUAGAAAUUCGUAACUGACGAACAAUGCCUUACGAAUUUAGAGUUGCUGUAACUCCUCAAAUACUUUGUUUUUUUUUACUUCGUUUGUCUGUGAAGAUUUAUGGUUCGAAAAGUGUUCAUUUGAUGCGUUUUUGGAAAGGAUUACACAACAGUUUAAGUAAAGCACAUUAGUAUCUUGUGCAAAUAUAGACAAGUGCCUGACGCUUAUACAUAUUCAAUGGGCUUAGAUUUUGACAAAUUUCGCAUAUCGAGCUUCCGAACUUCGCAAUUUCAAAACUUUAGUGGAUUUUAAUGGAUUAAAUGCGCGAAAAAGGGUUAAAUUUUCAGCUGCAACCAAUUCAGCGCGGGAGAAGAAAGGAACCUUUUAUUUUGGGUGUAGUCGAUGCAAGUUUCGAAACAAACAAAAGAACUGGAGUGACUCUGGCGCGUGCGUAUAAAUCGUAAACAACACCUUUACUUAUGUUAGGGUAUUGUAAAAUGGAGCCCACGCUGAGAAAAAGAAAAAGAUUCUGUGUCUUGCCGUGGUGUUUACCUGUUUGCUUCAUCAACCAAAUGUUGCUUUGAAACUCACUUUUGAUCGGUGAGUGGAGAUGAAAGAGUUUUUAGGCGCAAUUCCAUAGACACGUGCCAAGAGUGAAACGCAAUUGUUCUCAUGCCAAAAACGCGUGGUUAGUGAAUGAUACACUUAACCGCUUUGUUUUUCCUUGUACAAUAUCACGCGCAUUUGAGCUAAAAGCGCCAUUGACAUUGAUUCACUUGGGGCGUUCUCAGGGUGCCAAAUUCUAACCUUUUCUGUUCCCAGUGGAUCAAAAAAUAAGAAAAGAACGGCCUAACAAGCAAACGGGUAAACGAAGCGUCCUUAGUUAUCGCCGAAAAGUCUGAUGUUUUGAAGUGAAAAAGAAAUAAUUUGUAAAUGAAUUGUUUGUUACGUGAGUGCCGGAGGAUAAAAGGAAUGUCAAAAUUUAUUAUGAUAAUCAAUGCUCAAUGCGGUGGUAAAAAGCUUUGGCCCGCUGCCGGAAACUCUCAAGCUUUUGCAUGUAGCACUUUUAGAUCGGAAGAUCAAAUCAUGUUUAUUAGCUUAAGUCGCUGCACGUGUUAAUUUACAUCGCAGGUUAAUAUAGCCUCGUGCCCUCAUAUCAUUGUAUUUGCAUGAGAAAGACUAAUCAACAGAUUGUGAAGAAAACCUCUCUGUUUUGAUCCUCGAAGUGUAAUUGGGGUUUCUUUUUCCUACAUGUAUGAAGUUAAGCAGAUCUUUGAGUGAGUUGUUUUGGAAGGAAUCCUUCGUCUUAUAUUGAUUGUUGAACAGUUUAAGAGUCACUUUCUUGACCAAAAAAACGAGUAUGCGAAGGAAGUAUAGCUUGAUAAGAAAAAACAUUUGAAAGGAAAAAGUUCAUUUUAAAUUGAAAAGGAGCCUUCCUCAGGAGUGAUAGCGCGUUCUCUGAGAGCCUCAUGCAAGUUCUAUUGAUCUUUAAAAAGACUGUUCGUGACUUCAAAUAAGAGAAUUUUGCCAAACAAGUCUUGCUCGAAGAAGAACAAAGAUUAAACCCUCUGUUAAUUGAACAGGAGGGAAACGGAAGAUUGGAUUAACCUUGUAUCUGUAUCAAACGCGGAAAUAAAGAAUAACAACUGUUCCGCGUCAAACAAAUCAAAGAAACUGGGGAUUUAUUGCAAAACUGUUGUGUUCUUCUGUGUGACAAGGGCAGUAUUAGUAUUGAUGUGUGCGUUUUAGGAAAGUGAAAUCAAAGAGCUUUUAGUAACAGGUAGUCUUAAAAAAAUGUUAGUCAUGUAAACUUUAAGGUUAUGAAACAGUCCAUUGUUUCACAUUUUCCUCCGUCACUUUUUUACCUAAUUCUGUUUUACUUCGGAAGGUGAAUGUAAGGUUAAUUAAAAAGAGAGAAAAGAUUUAUCCAAUACACUGUAUGAUCAUCACAUUAACAGAGUUGGUGAACACAAAACAAUUGGUUAAGUUUCCUAUAUUCCAACCUGUUGCAUUGUACGAAUUGAUCUCUAUCAAAUCAAAUUAGAAAACACGGCACAUUUGUAUUGUUUCGCUUCUUUUUGUGACUGUAAAUUGAAUCAACACUUGCGGUUCUAGGUGAUAAAAAACCACCUGCUCUCAAAAACAUGUGUUUCGAUGCGUAGCUAGUGAAAACACAUGUUGCGUCUUGCAGCAAACCAAAUCUGGUAAAGGGUAAUAAGGUUUUUAAGACGAUGACUGCAAGAAAUGUCUUAAAUUUCCAUUGAUAAAGCUCAGAAAUUGUUUGUGGGUUUAUGAAUGGCAAAAUCAUUCGUCUGGGAACGAUUAAAAUUCAUAAAGAUCUUUGACCGCAAAUGAAAUAUGACCAAUCGAAAUGACUGCGGCUUGGUGAAAUUAUCUCUAAUGACAAGGGAAAAUAACUUCCUGUUGUUUUGGGUGUUUGUUUCUUAAACGCAGCUCCAAUAUUUCAAUAGCGUUAAAACGGUAAAAGAAUAAAAAACGCAAAAGAAAGCCUUGUUUCCUUCAUAUCUGGGUGAGAUCUUAACGGUUUUCGACCUCUUAUUUCUGUUUGAGCAUUUCUAUUUCCUUAUCCGAACACUUCAACAAAGAUUGAAACCAAUCACGUAAAAGUUCGUUUACACGACGGAAUCAAGAAAUAUUCGGUGAGAUUCGCUAGUUAAGCUCAGACACCUGAAUUUUCCUAUCAAAACAGCCUCGAAAAAGUUCAGCUCUCGUCGGCGUCCACGUGAACGAUUGCAAAUGGCUUUAAUUUCUUUUGAAAGGCCGUCUUGUGGAAACAAAGAAGUGGAUUUUUAAUCUCGGUCACACCCGAACAACAAAUAGCUCUAGGAACUCUUAACUUUCUUACUCCAAGUCUAUAAAUGUAAAGGUCUCUUUUUUUUUUUUGCUGGAGGGUAGAGGUCUUUUUUCAUGUUCACAGUGGAGAAGACUACAAAGAGUUAAAAAAGGAAUAUGAAAUCAAGCCGAAAAUUCUACAAAUUUACAAUUUGUCAUUUUCGACUGUAGCUUGUUAAAUUGUUCUCCAUCCCUUAGACAAUAUUAGAGAUUAAACAGUUAAAUUUCAAAAAUAAGGCUCCAAUUCUUAAAAGUGUUAAUCUGAUUUCUUUUCCUACAGCUUGGGUUAGUGGGAUUUCACCUGAUGUUAAUGUGCAAGCCAAGAUGUAAAUUUCUUGUAAGUACUUUCUUUCAGAUUGUCGCUAACAAUAUUAGAUGUAGAGAAAGAUUUUUCGUCUUGUCACGAGCGUGGGACAGAGAAAAAAUUCUGAGUCUCCAUGAGGAAUCGAACCUCAGACCUUCGGAUUCCGCGCUUCGAUGCGCUACCACUGAGCCACAGAGAUUCUACUGUAGGCAAGAUCUAUUACGAAGUUCUCAAGACACGCCGUCUUGUACACUGCUUGGAUCAGCAUGUGUCGAUAGAGUAAUGUUUUUAGAUAGAAUAAGAGAAAUGGCAAGUUUUGGGCUAUGAACUUCGUAAUAGACCUCGCUCACCGUAUCUGUGGCUCAGUAGUAGAGCAUCGGAGCGCAGAAUCCGAAGGUCUGAGGUUCGAUUCCUCAUGGGCACUUAGAAUCUUUUAUAUGUCUCACUCUCGUGACAAGACGAAAAACAUCUUUCUCUAAUUCCUUACCGAGCUCAAAACUUACCAUCUCUCUUAUUAUAUCUGCAAUAUUGGAUGUGUUACAAGAAAUCUUUUGGAAACUUUAUCCAGUAUCAGUUCCAUAAAAAUUAUCAUGUUUAAAGUAAUUGUGGUGUAUCCGUCGAUUUCAAAAGUGAGGUCGUCAAGUCUCUAUAUACUAUGCUAUUCCGUGAUACUUUUGUGAACAAAUUCUGGGGAAGAGUAAACAGUGUACUUUAGCUGCUCGAUUCAGGCGGAAGUCACACGAAGUUUUGAAAUUUGAAGAUGAAACAAAAUGUAUUGCCUAAAGGGCUAUCGUUUUCUUUGCUUUUACUUCACGUUUUCCUCUCUUAUUUACAAUUCACAGAUUGUUUCGUCAAUAAUUUUCACCGUGGCAGCCGCAUUUCUUUGUUUCGCCGGAGCACUUUUUACUGGGACCGAAAUCGCGCCUCUCCUUUCAAAGAUGGGCAACUGUCAAUAUUUCCCUGUGGAGAAUUCGUGCAAGUGCUUUCAUCACAGCGAACUACGACAAGUGUCGAUAAUCUUCAGAGACACUGCAAACUGUAAUGGUAUCCAAAACAAGCUGCGUGACCUGGUAUACGGCAUGUGUGGCGUGUACAGUGGUGGACUGAUCACGUGCAUUCUGGCCGCAGUCAUGGAGACGGCAUUACUGUGUCGCAAAAGACGUUCUAAGGUGCGUUUUAUUCAGACUAAAUUAGAUCAAAUUGUCGUGCAUAUGACAGCCUCUCGGUCACACCAAAUCGAGCUGUUUCAAGGCACUCUUUUGGUUGUAAAGUUUGAAGGUACUUUUUUUCUCUAAGCACACUUUAGUAGUAAUGUGUAUGUUUUCCUUUUUCAUGUAGGCCACCCUACACUCCAGGUCAGAUGGUGAUGGCAAAUGUACCGUAAAUUCUCGCCAGUCUCAAACAUCGCAAACAGACCUCAGCGUUAUCGAAGAGGAAGACGUUGAACUCGCAGCAACAGAAAUUCAACGUUCACCCAUCGAAACUCAAGCCAGCCAAACACCAUCGAACUUUGUACGAGAUGUGCCUUGUUCGCACUACGUGGUCGAUAUGAGCAUUCCGCGCCGAGAUUACGUUAUCAAUUAUAAUUCCAAUUCCAGACAUGACCCACCUCCUCCGUACACCGAGUGAAAAUGCGCCAUGCACGUUAGUGGGGAGGGGGUACGGCGGGGAGGCUGAGAUCGGUGCUCUUGCUGGCUCAACAGACAAAAUAAAUAAAAAGCAAAAAAAAAACAACAACAACAACAAAGCUGUUCGUUUUGGAAUAAGGAUGUGAUUGGGAAACUAAAAAUCCCACAGACCAGUUUAUCAAGAUAACCCGCUUGUGAAGUCUACGAGUCAGUUAUUUUAACAGAUUAAGCCAAAUUUAGUUCUGAAUCGAUCAGCGUAUUGAAAUUGUACGCCUGUAGUGAUUAAUUCAUUUAAGGCUUGUAAAUAACAGAUGGAAAAUGUUGGAAGUGUAAUGGCUUCCGAAAAUUCUUUGUAUUAUAUGUUAAAAUACAUCUGUACAUAAAAAA